CUCAAAUAAAACAGUUAUAAUUUCUUGUAAAAUCCUUAAAAUGUGGUACGGUAAAUUUUGGUGGACUUACAGUGCUUUGCGUCUUAUAUUCCCGGAUGUAUGUUAUAAAAACGACAAAAUAGGAUGUUACAAUAAAGAAGAACCAUUUGCACACUUUGAUAUCCUGCCGAAUUCCCCUGGAAAACAUGGUAUGAAUGUCAAUUUCAAACUGUACAGACGGUUUGAUAACGAAGUACCAGAACUGCUGAACGGCAUACUUUUGGAUGAGAAAAGGACUUCCACUCAUUAUGAUCCUGGAAAGAAAAUAGUUUUCCUUAUUCAUGGGUUUAACGACAAUGGAGAAAAUGCAUGGAUUUUAAAGAUGAAGGAGAACAUCUUGCAAAAGGAGGACAUCAAUGUUGUGAUUGUUGACUGGGGUAAAGGAGCAAAACAUUUGAAUUAUAUGAUUGCUGCCUCAAAUACAAGAACUGUAGGAGCCUACUUAGGUCGCCUGAUAUCCACUAUGGUACCUGAUCUAUCAAUGGUUCACAUCAUAGGACACAGUUUAGGAGCACAGAUAGCAGGAUUUGCUGGAGCCUGGACAAGAGGAAAGAUAGGACAUAUUACAGGACUUGACCCAGCAGGACCCCUGUUUGAUAAAUACCAUCCCAAGGCUAGACUUGACGCCAAUGACGCUAGUUUCGUGGACGUCAUUCACACCGAUACAGGGGGAGCGUUCAAUUUAGGUCUUGGGAUGAAUAACCACUGUGGGGACAUUGACUUUUUCCCAAAUGGUGGAGAGGUGCAACCCGGAUGUAACCAGUCCGCUCUGAGGAUCGCUGACACCUUAAUCAAGUUUAGAGUUGAAGAUGCACAAAGACUUUUUCCCUGCAGUCAUGAGCGUUCCAUUCAACUCUACAUAGAAUCCAUUUUAUCUGAAUGCAAAUUUUUAUUGUGUUCCUGCACAAAGGACGCUUUCUUUAAUGAACUUUGUACCCAAGAUAAUUGUACUCACAUGGGAUAUGAUGUUGAUCAAAGGUUUCGCGGAGAGUUUUACGGAUACACCCAAGCGCAUGCGCCUUACUGUAUCACUGAAAAAACGUUGAUAUCUUCUUCAGAAGAUCAAGGAAGGCUAUUCAAUACAACAGCAACACCAACUGAAUUAGAAAUUCUGGAGGCCCUGGUCAAUACAACGCAGUCCCUUAAUGGAAAUGUGACAGAAAACACACUAACUGAACAAAGCGGAACGAUUCAAAGUAAUUUGACCAUUGUAGAUGAAUGAUUGGUGGAAUUUUAUUGAUAAUUGAACCAUUAUCCUAAAAGUAAUUUAUAAUGAUGCAUCUUAUCAAUGUCGUUUUUUGAAAAUUGUCUUUCUUUGUAUACAGUAAUGAAAGUAUGAUACACGUUGAUAUUAAAGUGAUA